UGGAAGUAUAUAGCCACCAGCAAGAAGUCAAUCAUCAAGUGUUUGUUUGUUUUACUGAACGAGUUUGAAUCCAUACGUGGCCUCUAACCCCGACUUUCUGUGCUUCCUAUACCGUCGUCAUGAGCGGGAAUCACCAUUAUUAACUCCAACACAAUUCCCCGCCUUCCUCUUAUGUACGCAUUUCUUUAAAUCUAAUGAAUUAUACGUUGAAUUUAGGGUUUCGCAAUUUCCUUAUUCCUCAAAGGAUCGGAGUAAUUCCGAAGAACUUGAAAAUUGGAGCUCUGAAUUUUGGGAUAUCUAGACGAAUGGGGUGUCAAGAACUCUCUUCAAGUUCAAAGUCGAAAAGUUCCUUAAGCAGCCAGCCAGAGGAAACUACAGCUGAAGGUGCCAACAACAAUGGGGAAACCUCUGCUGGAAUGACAGUUCAAGAGCUUAAAACUAAACUGAGGAGCGUGGGGGUUCCAACAGAAGGUUCUAAAGACAAUCUUGUAUGCACGUGGAACAAAUUCUUUUCUGAAGAAGUUGAUGAGUUUCAAGAGGUUGUUGAAGAUGAAAAAUCCACCAGAGUGAAUGAUGUUCAUGGUGAAAAGGUUUCCAAAAGGAAGGCAAAAAGUUUGUCUGUUGAAGAGCAUGCUGAGGUUAUGAGCACUGUUAAUUCUGUAGAUAAAAGGAGCACGAGACGUGCAAAACAAACCCAUACAGAUCCAAACAUCACUGUUGAGACUUGUGGACAUAUGCAGUCAAAAGUUGCAAAGACAAAAUCUAAAGCUAAAAGUAAUACCAAGAAAGAGCUUCCUCUGAACACCAAUAAGGUGUCAGGUAAAAAAGCAAUCGGCUUAACAUCAGAAGUUGUUUCUGAAGGUAUUGAAACAUGUAAUAAGAUGGAUAUUUCUGAACUUCCAGUUGAACCAUGGACUGUUCUUGCUCACAAGAAGCCACAAAAAGAUUGGAUACCUUACAACCCUAGGACUAUGAGACCUCCUCCUCUUGCUGAUGAUGUGAAACAUGUGAAGCUGAUGUCUUGGAAUGUCAAUGGUUUGAGGGCUUUGCUAAAACUGGAGAGCUUUUCUGCUUUAGAACUUGCACAAAGAGAAGAUUUUGAUGUACUUUGCUUACAGGAAACAAAAUUGCAGGAGAAAGAUGUAGAAGCAAUCAAACAACGUCUUUUGGAAGGAUAUGAGAAUAGCUUUUGGACUUGUAGUGUCUCAAAACUUGGAUACUCUGGGACUGCAAUUAUCUCUAGGAUACCACCAGUUUCUGUUAGAUAUGGAGUUGGGAUAUCAGAUCAUGAUAGUGAAGGAAGGCUUGUGACAACAGAGUUUGAUUCGUUUUAUCUAAUAAGUGGAUAUGUUCCUAAUUCUGGUGAUGGUCUGAAAAGGCUGUCAUACAGGACAACAGAGUGGGAUCCUAGUCUUAGCAAUUAUGUGAAGGAGCUGGAAAAGUCAAAACCUGUCAUCUUAACUGGUGAUCUGAAUUGUGCUCAUCAAGAAAUAGACAUCUACAAUCCUGCAGGAAACAAACGCAGUGCUGGUUUUACAAUUGAGGAAAGAAUGUCAUUUGAGGAAAAUUUCCUAAAAAAAGGUUUUGUUGAUACCUUCCGGAAACAGCAUCCUAAUGUUGUUGGCUAUACUUACUGGGGUUUCAGGCAUGGUGGGCGAAAAAAUAACAGAGGAUGGAGGCUGGACUACUUCCUUGUAUCAGAGUCGAUUGCAGAUAAAGUCCAUGACUCUUUCAUUCUUCCAGAUGUUACAGGCAGUGAUCACUGUCCAAUUGGCCUUGUUCUUAAGCUGUAAUCCAAACUGUCUGAAGGAGUUAAGUCGAGAAAAUAGCACUUAUGUAAGGCUUUUGCUUUAAAAUCUCAACUCCCUUUUUCAUCACCAAGGAUAGAUAGAUUGCUUUAAAAUCUCAACUCCCUUUUUAAUUAACAUGUUGUCCUUUAAAAAAAUCUAUCAAAUUGCAUACUCUGAGUACCAGCUAAACUAAUUAACAUAUUGCUGUAGUGGAUAAGUUUUUCACAAUACGAUAUAAUAAAAGAAUAAAUAUGAAUAAAUGAUUAAUACCAGAGCAACAAAUAGCAACCUACUUCUAUCAAAUUGCAUACUCUGAGUACCAGCUAAACUAAUUAACAUAUUGUUGUAGUGGAUAAGUUUUUCACAAUACGAUAUAAUAAAAGAAUAAAUAUGAAUAAAUGAUUAAUACCAGAGCAAUUAUGUAAUAUGAAUAAAUAUAAACUUAGUAUUAUACUAAAAGUAAAUGAAACUAUAAAGAGUUGUUUUAUAAAAGGGCAAAUAUUUUAAAAGUCCCAAGUUUUUCAUGUGUAAUUGGGAGAAACCCUGUUAUUUAUUUUUUUGGUUGAUUCUGGUCACAACUUUUACGCAGAGUUAUUAUUCUAGCCCAUUUAAUGAGUUUUAUGGCUAAUACUCUUAUUUAUUUAUUUUUUUUGCAAAAUCUGUCCUAAAAUUGAGUUUAAAGUCUAAAUUUGGUCCCUAUAGUUUGCAAAAAAUCACCACAUGUCCAAAACUCGGUUUUAUGUUCUUUUAACAUCGCCUUAUGAUCACUUUAUUUUCGACCGACGAGACUUGCCCUGUUUGUCGCAAGGCAUGCUUGGACUCCUUUGGGGAGCAUACAAUUCAUUGUAAAGAGCAUAUAGAUCUUUAUUUAGGCACGUUGGGGUU